AUGUCUACCAACAUCUUGCUGUACCCAUUCUCCCUCUUACUCCUCCAAUGGUUCUCAGGAGCUUCAGGAGUGGGGGCAUGUACCAUCCAGGUGACAAACAAGUGCAGCUUCCCUAUCUGGCCUGCAACCGCUUCGAAUGCUGGGCAUCCAGUUAUCGCCGAAGGUGGCUUCUAUCUGCCACCAUCCAGAGCCAAGAAGAUAGAAGCUCCAGCAAAUUGGAGUGGUAGGCUGUGGGGCAGAACAAACUGCGACUUCGGCCCUAACCCUGCCUGCGAAACUGGAGACUGUAGUGGCAAACUAGCCUGUAAUGGCACCAUAGGCACUCCUCCGGCCACCCUUGUUGAAUUCUCUCUCCAACCCGACUCGUCGAAGCCCAGCUUUCACGACGUGAGCCUCGUUGAUGGUUACAACCUCCCUAUCUCCGUGUCUCCUCGAGGUGCACGUUGCUCCCCGACUCCAGGUUGCGCUAAGGAUUUGAAGUCACAUUGCCCUCCAGAGCUUCGAGUUACAGACCACCGUGGCUCGGUGGUGGCUUGCAAGAGCGCCUGCUUGGCCUUCAAUCUCGACGUCUUUUGCUGCCGAAAUGACUACGGUAGUCCUGACAAGUGCCACCCAAGUAUGUACUCUACAAUGUUCAAGGAUGCCUGUCCUGCUUAUUUCAGCUACGCAUAUGAUAUGCCGCCGCCUCUCUACAGUUGUGUGGCUUCGGAGUAUGUAGUCACCUUUUGCCCCUCUAAGUGGGGCUUGGACUCCCACCAACCCAUGUAAAAGCCACCAACCAUGACAUAAAUGGCUGAUGCUAUAUUUCUACUCUACUUUUGUUUUGUUUUUCAAUGAGGAUUUUAUAAGGCUUAGGAGUAAUGAAA